GACGCGAAACACGUUUCGUUCUACAGGCAGACUACGACGUUGAACUAUUACUGGCCAUGGUGGGUCGCAAGCAGCCGCCCACUAGCGUACCUGGUGUGAGAGCUCAACGACUUGUUAUCAAUGCAUCCCAUGUCGCUGCAACGCACACGUACCUCGCGCUCGCCGCGUUCGGUCUUGCCUUGUUACUCGGCUGCGCACUGCAUUACAAAAAAAUCGUGAAGAACGGGGUUGCCGGAUACCCUGACGAGUGGUUUCCGUCGGUAUCAGCCACUAUCGGUGACUGGUACCCCGAGCGCAAUAUUUUUCAGAUUCUCAUCGCUUUGACAUCUGGUCCACGCUUCGCCCUUGUAUCUUUGCAGUAUUUCCUGAGGCGCUCGCCAAACACCAGUCUGCCGGGUUUCUUGUUUGCUGUGGGUAUCGUUCGGACAUUGAUGUGCGGUGGUUGGGUAUACAUCACGUCCAACGAUGACCAUGACGUGCAUGAUGUUCUCAUGGUUACGUAUAUCCUGUGCAACGUGCCAUGGAUGUGGGGAGGCGUUCUAUGUACUCCAAUUGGGCAUGUAAAAGCGCGUCGGCGACGCCGAUAUGUUGCAACAGGGUUCUUCGUAUCAAUCAUACCCAUGAUUUAUUUCUUCGUUCAGCACAAGAUAUACCGGAUUCCUGGAGCUUAUACCCGCUAUUCAUUUUUCGAGUGGUCCUUGAUCUUGCUCGAUGUUCUAUUCGACUCGAUCACGGAGCUUGACUUCAAAGCUUCUAAUUUACAGAUUGUACUCGGUGUUUCGUUGGAUGCCAGCGUUGGAUGUGAUGACAUAUCGCCUUCAGUGCCAUCCAAAGGGACAAGUAGUGUGACUGAAACCAAAUCAGAAGGGUUAGCUGCGUCAUCAAAGAAUGAGCAAACGGUCAGCCAUGUAUCAGCAACUGUGCCUCGGACGUUUUUUCAGAAAACGCAGGCUGCACUUACGCUCUCUCGAGAUGCACGAGCAGUCAUAGGUUUCAUCUCAGAUGUGUACUUGUCUUACUUGUUUUGGUCCAUCUUCACGUCCCUUAUCACUACCCUGUUCUAUUUCUCCGUCUGGCAACUUGCACUUUCGGGCUCGGAGUUAUCUUUGCUCGUUCUGCUCUCCCCUGCGCUUUUGGGCAUCGGGCCGUUGCGCACUUGGGCGCUUACGCGCAGUGGUCAGGUCACGUUAAGGGCGGUGGCAAUUCUGACAGGCUUAGGGUCUUAUGCCUUGAAGAGCCCCAUGCAAAGGUUGAUUGUAGUCAACUUUGCGAAUGUGGUGCUCCUGGUAGGGCAGACCACCGACUGGUCAGCUGGGAAGGAUGGAUAUCAGGGUUUGCUCCUUGGUCUAGGACUUGUAUUACUUUCUCUAGCAAAACACGCGAAUCACUCAACAAAUCCUGUAUGGCCGAUGCUCAAUGAAGAGUCUGGAGGAUACAACAAAACAGGACUUUUUCUAGCGUUUUGUGCGCUAUACGAACUUGCCACCCGCCCGUUCACCGUUCCAGAGGAAGAAAAGCAAAUAAGCGAUUCAAAAGAUAGCAGCAAGGUUACAUCACAUGGAUGGCUUGCAGGUUCCAUUGCGCUCGGCAGCAUGAUUUUCACUCUCCAUUGUUUCUUCAUAGACCCCAGUACUAUCAUUGCGUGGUCCUGGACAGGAUACAAAGACAGCCAACCCAAGGGCCCUCUGCCACAUCUUCACGGCUCUCUCACUUUGAUUGCACAGGCUAUAGGUCUUGCAUUGCCCACGAUCCUCCCUGCAUGCUGGUUUAUCAAUCCAUUAUGGUUCAGUUACGGUUGCGCAAGCGCAUUCGUGAUGUACCGCUUCAGGGACUGGACGGGCUUUGUUGGCGGGCUGAACCUGGCUGUGUUUGUUAUGUCAUUGCUCCCUACUAUCAUUCGACAAUCUGCCCAGCCGAAUAAGGCUGGAAGGACAUAUUCCACAGCAUUCUUUGUUACGAUUCUUUUCUACCUUGCCGAUGUGUGGACAGUCGCCUACGCGUUUGUGCCAGGGGGUGUGUACUUGCGUGAGCGCUCGGACUUGGUCCUCGUCGCACAAUUCGUCGCAACAUCGUUGGUAUUUGAAUGGCCAUCAAGAAAAAGGACUGCAGCCAAUUCCAUAGUUCAUAUUCCAAGCUCAACGAGCUUCCUUGUUCGUCAUCUCCUUACACUUUUCUCGCUGUCCGCUGUCCUUGUAACAAUAUACCGCUGGACUCCUGUUGGACCAAGACCUUAUAAAUCGGGCACGGGGAUAAUCAACGCUGGAAUAUGGACAGUGCAUUUUGGUAUCGACAAUAUCGGGCACGACAGCCAGGGGUUGAUCCGAAAUAUGAUAAGAGAUAUGAAACUUGACGUGGUUGGCCUUCUGGAGACUGAUCUACAUCGGACAGUCUAUGGAAAUCGUGACUUGACGCGAGUCGCUCUCCAAGACCUCGGAUAUUAUGUCGAUUUGGGCCCAGGCCCUAACAUGCAUACAUGGGGUGCUGCUCUACUUUCGAAGUUCCCUAUUGUUCACUCGCAACACCACCUCCUACCCUCACCCCAUGGCGAGCUCGCGCCAGCAAUCGAAGCUGUGCUCGAUGUGUAUGGGUCAGAGGUAACUGUAGUCGUAUCACAUAACGGUCAAGAACAAGACCCGCUCGACCGUGAAUUGCAGAGCAAUGAGCUCGCACGCAUCAUGGCGAAGUCGUACCCUCACCCCGUUAUUUUCCUUGGAUACGUAGUCACGAAACCACAUGCCAGUAGACCGGCGCCCUACGAUAUUUUGGUGUACGAUGGUAUCGUACAUGACAUCGACCCGCAGGAUUGGGAUCGUUGGUGCGAGUAUAUUUUGUACAGGGGGCUUUACCGGACCGCGUAUGCUCGUAUCUCGCGAGGCAUCGUUACCGAUACAGAGCUACAGAUUGGACAGUUUGUCGUUCCCCGACAUGGCUUCCAGCUUGUGAACCAGACACUUGAAGACCGAAUGAUAAGGGCAUGGAAAGAGGAUCUUCCAGAGGAUCAUUGGUUCCCAAUGGAAUACUAUGGCAACAACAAUGAGGGAGGUAUGAACGGGCAUUUUUAUCAUGUGUUUGACACUCCGCUAUAUUAUAAAUUACCUGAGGGUGCACAGGUUUAGGAGUGUACCAGUGUAGUUGUCAUCUGUAUUGUUAUUUUGUUGUGUUUUGUUGUGGCU